AUGUCAUAUCCACAAUUUGGAUAUCCCUACUCGUCUGCUCCACAAUUCCUGAUGACAACCAACUCUCUGACCACUUGCUGCGAGUCCACCGGCAGAUCCAUAGCCGACUCCGGAGUGGCGGCGUCCGGGCAGACACCGGUCUACUGUCCCGUGUACGAGAGCCGGCUGCUGGCCACGGCGAGGCAUGAACUCAGCUCGGCCGCAGCGCUGGGCGUGUACGGGAGUCCCUACACCGGCAGUCAAGGCUACGGGAAUUACGUUACGUACGGCACCGACGCCUCGGCGUUCUACUCGCUGGGCACAUUCGAUACUAAAGAUCCCACAGCUUCUGCGCAUGCGGGAAUAACCCAGGCAACAGCCUACUAUCCUUAUGAUCCUACCUUGGGACAGUACCAGUAUGACAGAUAUGGUUCCAUGGAUGGGGGUACAAGGCGGAAGAACGCUACACGGGAGACGACCAGCACGCUGAAGGCCUGGCUGCAGGAACACAGGAAGAACCCGUAUCCGACUAAAGGAGAGAAGAUCAUGCUGGCCAUCAUCACCAAGAUGACCCUGACGCAGGUCUCCACAUGGUUCGCCAACGCCAGGAGGAGGCUCAAGAAGGAGAACAAGAUGACAUGGCCGCCCAGAAACAAGGGCUCAGAGGAGAAGAGAUAUGACGAGGAUGAAGAUGGGUCUCAGGAGGAGCAGAUAAAAAGCGAGAACAAUGAGGAUGAGACCAGAAGUCGACCUGAUAAAGAUCUCCAGUUGAGCGAUUUGGAGGAUUUCGACACGCUGGAGUCCGAGAGCUCGGAGUGUGAGCUGAAGCACCGAUACCACAUGAACACACACAUGACAACGACGGGCGACUGCCCCGCCGAACACCUCAUCAAGGAUUCCUCUCUGAAAAUCUCCAUCCCUGUUUCUCUGGGAGGGGAGCAGGACUUGAGCAAAAGUUGUCUCAAAACGAACCCGGAGGAUUUCCAGCCGGACAGCAGACAGCAAGCAAAAGCGUGUUAUAACCAACAGCAGCAGCAGCAGCAGCCAGGGCACCAGCUACUAGACGGCAAGCCUCGGAUCUGGUCUUUGGCACAAACUGCGACCUCACUGAACCAGACCGAGUACCCGUCCUGCAUGCUGAGGUGCCAGCAGCAGCCUCCCUCUUCCCUCACCCCAUCUCCCGCCGCUACCUCACCCGUGACCGGCCCGGACAACAGGCAGGACUCGCCGGUCACGACCCUGAGAAACUGGGUGGACGGAGUUUUCCACGACCCCUUGUUCAGGCACAGCACUUUGAGCCAGGCUCUGACCAACACCACCGUCUCUUGGAGCACGAACAACAAGGAGGCCGAGAGGAGCACGGCGGCCUUGCAGCAGCAGCAGCAGCAUCAGCACCAGGACUCCUCCAAAGACAGUAGUGUCAUGAGUUUCCCAAAAACUAUCAACAAACUCUUCUGCUCCUAA